AUGAUGCUAACCCAUGCUAAUCUGUUUGUUCUCAGCUGCUGUGUUUUGCUGCCACGUUCUAAAUAAAAGCUUGCCUGAAGCAAGAGGAAAGUUUCCUUCCUUCCUGAAGAGCUGUGCUCUAUUUUCCCUCCGACACGUACGACAUGUAAUAUUACCACUUUAUUCUCGGAAAUGCAUGUCUUUAAUGCUCGUAAAUUUAUGAUUUCUUUUCACAAAAUGUCAGAUUUUUUUUUCAAUGGCAUUUUUGUACAAUGGCAGCCUUGUAUGUCCCAUGAAAUGAACAGCUGUGGCUGCUGCAUAGUAAAGUACGCAUGCAAAUGUGGCGGUACGUCGGGUAACGUCCACCCCGGUUAGCGCAUUGGUUAACAUACCCAAAUCUUAACUCAAAUUUUGCCUUGUCUUGUGUUCGCUCGCUUCUUUAGCAUCCAAAAGACCGUCCGGUUGAUUUACGCCGCCGUCUGAAAUCGGACAUUAUUUGCACGUGAGUGUGCUAUGCAUUCAGGGCCGCGGGCGCCAUUUUAGGACGACAGCGUUUGUUUAUAUCAGAGUUGUCGAGAGAUACACCACGUAACAAACACAUGGACUGCACAAAGGAAAAGGGCGAUGGACCGUACCAAGACAAGGGUGCAAGACCUCCCGGCUUUAAGAGAAGAUCGUCGUCACUUCAGAGAGUGGCUACGUCAUUGGCUGCGGUGCACACACAUCUACUGAACAGUCUAUCCACUCCGUGGUGCAUCGAGGGUGAAACUCUGUGUCUCAUUUUACAUCCAUAACACUCAUUUCAGGUUCCAAUGACAAAACACGGCAGCCAGAGUCAAACACAGCACACGUCACCAUGCAUCCUCGCCGGCGCACUUCUGCGACGUCGCUGCCACAUAAUGAUAUAAUGAAGUUUGAUAUAUUUUUACAUUUCUGCAAAUUGUGGUUGGAGCAGACUAAUGUGUUUAAUUUGCGUUAUUUUGUUCAUUGAUGGUUUUCUGGGAUUUUUUUCCCAACAAAGCCGGAUAAAAAUGAUGUUAAAUGUUCAGUUGUCAUUUGUAAUUAUUUUUGCAUCAUUUUCUGCAUGUAAAACUAUAAUUAUCGUCUAUGAAAUGUGUUUUGUGUUAACAUUUUUGGGUGUCUGGAACAGAUUAAUUGGAUUUACAUUAUGUUUUUAUGGGAAAAUUUGCUUUGAUUAGAGUCCGUUUUGGUUUGAGUCGGGCCUUCUGGAACAGAUGAAUGGCGUUAACCAAGGCAUCCAUGCAUCCAUUUUACAUCCUCAUUAGGGGCAUGAGUGAGCUGGAACCUAUCCCAGCUGAGUUUGGACUCUGGACAAAAUAAAUAUGCAAAAUGAACAACGCAAUAAUAACAAAGAUAAUGGUAAAUUAUGAUAUGCAAUUAACAUUAAAUACGUUUGUAUUGAAUAAAAUGAUAAACAACCUCACCUUUUAUAUUGGAUUUUUUAAAUUAGAAAUGUAAUGAAAAUUGACCUCAUGGGUGUCACAUUCUUUUUUUCCACAUUUCUAGCUGGCAUUUUUUUUUAUUUCGACGUAACGUGAAGUCAUAUUCACGCCCAUUGAAGAAAUGGGCGUGUUUUUGUCAAACCCUGCCCCCUGUGACCAUAUACGGGCAUUCGACGGAGCGUUGAUUGACAGCGGACAGCAGCUGCUGAGUUGCCCAGACAUGGCGGAGGAUACAGUGGAGCAGAGGCACGGCGGCGGACUUCCAUGACUUUUUCCCAGCAGCAGAGUCGUCUCCGAGCGCGUUCAACGCUACACCAGAAGAGGGGAAAUGUGUCGGGCUGACGCACACACGGAAACGAGGCGAAAAACGACGUGAAAGGCCAAACGAGAGUAAAAAAGAUGGGACAAUGUAUCGCUGUUUAGUGCAGUCAACAGCCUUGGGCAACAAAUAUGGCUCCUUGUGCCUUUUUGCUGUAAACAUUCAUCUCCCGAUGCCGCGGUGGCUCCGGCGAACUUCUGCUGCAAGCCGCGAUAGUAAGCUGACUUCCAUAAGCUCUCGGUACUUUUAAUUUCGCUAAGGAUAUUCCUUGCGUUAGCUGGACAAGCUAAGGCGACUACAAGUAGCAAUGGAGCCAAAGCACAAAGAGUUGCUCGACCAGUGCCACCAGAACUUACUGGAGUCCAUAACAGACGCCGACAGAGUCAUCGAGCUGCUCAUCGUCUCCGGUGCCUUGAGCCAGCUCGAUCGGUUCGAACUGGACCAGAACUGCUCGUCCAGCGCGGAGAAAGUGGAGCACCUCCUGAAGAUGCUGAUGAACAAGGAGAGCGACCAUUUCCUGGACCUGUGUGUGGCCCUGGAGAAGGCGUACCCUGACCUGCACACUGCCCUGUUCAGCAGCAGCAACGGUGGGGGACCUGUGGACCACAACACCGGUUCCACAUACAGCGUCCUUUCCACCAUGCCGUCCGACUCCGAGAGCAGCAGCUCCCUCAGUAGCGUCGGUUCGCCCGUGAACGGCGAGGCGUCUUCCCCUCCUCCCGCCAUCAACGAUAACCGGCCCCCCGGCGACAACCUGGACACGGUGUUGUUUCAGCUCCGCCAGGUGACCAGAGAGAGGGAUGAGCUCCGCAAGCGUCUGGCCUUGGCAUCGCCUGGCACCACCUUUGAUGACUGCAGGCCAAAUUCCAAAGCCAGCCAUGACUAUGAGCGCCUAAAGAGCCAGUGCAUGAGAGCCAUGGCAGAUCUGCAGUCUCUCCAGAACCAGCACACCAAGACACUGAAGAGGUGUGAGGAGGCUGUCAAAGAGGCUGACUUCUACCACAUGCUGCACAGCCGCGUCCUGGGCGAGCAGACACAGCUCAAGGAGGAGUUGGAGACGCUGAGGAGGGACAACGCUCAAUUGGUCCGUGAGCACAACCACCUGAAACAGAACUGCGAGGAGCUCAAACGGCUGCACAGUCAAGACCAGCAGGAGUUGUCGGACCUGCGACUACAACAGCAGCAGGUAAUGCGAGAAAAGGGCUCCUCGGAGGUGCUGAACAAGCUGUACGACACGGCCAUGGACAAGCUGGAGGGCGUGAAGAAGGAGUACGACGCCCUCAGCAAGCGCUACAGCGAAAAGGUGGCCACCCACAACACCGACCUGAGCCGCCUGGAGCAGGCCGAGGAGGAGAACCGGCGGCUGCAAAAGCAGACGGAUGCGCUGCUGGUGCAGCGUGACUCGGCCAUGCACUACCAGCAGCAGUACUCCACUUCCAUGAGGAGGUUCGAUUCCAUGCAGCAGGAGCUGAGCAAGUCCUCGGCCCAGAACAAGGAGCUCCAGCGAGAGAUGGAGCGGCUGCAGUCGGAAGUGACGCGCUACAAGAACCUGCAGCUGAAGGCGUCCAAGGACUGCGACAAGUACAAGGAGGAGAGGGACUCGGUCUUCAACGAGUACCGCCUGAUCAUGAGCGAGCGCGACCAGGUGAUCAAGGAGCUGGACAAGCUGCAGACGGAGCUGGAGGCGGCCGAGGCCCGACUGAAGAACACCUCCUCGGAGAGGGUGGUGGCCAGCGAGGAGUUGGAGGCGCUCAGACAGGAGUUGAACUCGUCCCUGGUGGACCGCGACAGGGCCAUCUGCGAGAGGAACGAGCUCCUGGAGAAGUACUGCCAUGAGGUGAAGGACAAAGCCGAGGCCCAGAAGGAGCUGAGCCAGGCCUGCAAGGACAUCGAGAUGGUGCGAGAGGAGCGGGACGUGGCCCGCAAGGAGAGGACAGAGGCCAUCAUUCAAAGGGAUCAGCUGCUGCGGGAGUAUUAUCAGGCACGGCAGAAACAAGACUCCGCCACGCUGGACAUGGAGCGUGCCAACAAGGAGAUCGAGAUGCUGAGGAAGCAGUAUGAGGCCAUGUCCCAGGAGCUGAAGGAAGCCACGCAGGAGACUGAGGUGGCCAAAUGUCGCAGGGACUGGGCCUUCCAAGAGCGGGACAAAAUAGUGGCGGAGAGGGAGAGCAUCAGGACGCUGUGCGAUAACCUGCGACGGGAGCGAGACCGAGCGGUCAGCGACCUCGCCGACGCCCUGCGGAAUUUGGACGACACGAGGAAGCAGAAGAACGACUCUUUGCGAGAGCUGAAGGAAAUGAAGGAGAAAAUGGAGGGACAUCUGGAGAAGGAGGCCCGGUUCUGCCAGCUUAUGGCCCACAGCUCACAUGACUCAGCCAUCGACACGGACUCUCUGGAGUGGGAGACUGAGGUGGUGGAGUUUGAGAAAGACCGGGAUGACAUGGACUUGAAGGCGCUUGGCUUUGAUAUCGCCGAGGGGGUAAACGAUCCGUAUUUACCGGGAGACUGCGGUAUAUUUGUUACGCGGGUGGACAAAGGAAGUAUUGCUGACGGCAGGUUAAGGGUGAACGAUUGGUUGCUAAAGAUAAACGACAUCGACCUGACCAACAAGGACAGGAAGCAGGUGAUGAAGGCGGUCCUUAACGUUGGCGGCUUGAUCAACAUGGUGGUGCGGAGGAGGAAGUCUCUGGGCGGACGGCUGGUCACUCCCGUUCAUAUCAACCUCAUGGGACACAAAGACAGCGGAAUCGGCCUGGAGAAUGGCGUGUUCGUCACCACGGUGGUCCAGGGCAGUCCGGCUGCCAGGGAGGGCACGCUCGCUGUGGGGGACAGACUGAUCACUAUAAACGGCAUCGCUCUGGAUAACAAAUCUGUGACAGAGUGUGAGGCCCUGUUGAGGAACGGCAGGGACUCUCUCAGCCUCUCUCUCAUGAAGUUCUUUCCUCAAAGUACAUCCGGCCAGAACAUCUUUGAAAGCCUGCGUGAUUCCUCCGAGAAGUCCAACGGGCGUGUUCACCUGUCAGAAAUCCACUCCCGGAACAGUCGCAACCUCAAACACAACAGCUCGACACAGACGGACAUCUUCUGCCCCGACGUCGGGAGCACCAGCACAAGCAGCAUCUCCGGGGAGAGGAGGAAGCUCCGAGGGGAAUCCGAUGAGCUUUACGCCGACCUGGGCAAGCCCUUCUCCAUGGGUUCUCUUCACGCCACGAGCCUGCGGCCGGCUUCCGACCUGGGCACCGGCCGCUACGGCCCCAGCGCCUUCCAAGAAUGCUUCCCCUACGCAAAGGCGCCUUCCUCCUUGCCGUUUGACCCCGUCUCCGCUCCAGAGUGCCUCACGAUGGAGGCCAAUCAGGACAGGAAGCACAGCGGAGGAACGUGGCCCAAGAUGGUGGUGGGAGGCAUGUCAGUAGCGCCAGACAACACCAGCCCGGUCACAGCAGCGGCGCAGCUCUCCAUCUAUAAAUCACCCAAGCAGAGGAAGUCCAUCUUCGACCCGGACACCUUCAAACGCCCUGAAACGCCCUCCUCCAAGAUGGAGUACAUGGCGGCCAAUCAGAUAACGGCGACGUCGCACUCUCCGCAGCCUUCAAAGACGGACUCCCUCUCCUCCUCUUCCACUCCUACCCCCACGCCCCCGACGCCCCCCACCCGCAGCGACUCCUUCAAGUUCAAACACAAACAUCAAAGCAGCUCUGCCUCCGACUGCACCAUCACGUCGGACGGAAAGGGAGACCCCGCCGUCUCCAUGGCGACGGGUGAGCGGGAGCGAGACCGGAAUGGGAACCACUACUUCCUGGACGGCAAAGUCCUGACCUCGAGGAAGUCGUGCGACGAGGACAUCGGACGCACCAGAGGGGAGGAGCCAGAAGUGAAGAGGCCGCGCCCUAAGUCCGCCCCCGCCCUUCGCCGCAGGAUGACGCCACAGACCAUCACUCUUCCCUCCUUCCAGAGCUACUCCAACGACGAGCAUUCACCAGAACCCAGGGACAUGCUGCGCUCCUCCCCAAGUCGCUCCCACAGGCACAGCGUCGGCUUUGUCCCCACCGUCUACAACGGCACCCUGCCUCCCAAUUCAGCCCACCGUGGCUUGUCCCCCUGCCCCGCCGUGACGGCCGUAAUGAGGAAUCCCGUGUACACUGUGCGCAGCCAUCGUGUUCACACCAGCAACUGUCCGUCCGUCGCCUCCCAGAUCUGUCACCAGCACACGCCCACCAGCCCCCAGCAUCAGGGUCGACUGAGCCUGGAUCUCAGCCAGCAGAAGCGGGUCGGCGACUACGCCGAAUCCUCAUCGUCACGCAGCAGCCGAGCCUCACACGGUACAAACUCACUGCCCUCCAGCGCACGGCUCGGUUCUUCUAACAAUGUCCAGUACCGAACCGAGAGGAUCAAGAUCCCUUCCACUCCUCGCUAUCCUCGCUCCAUGCUGGGCUCAGACAGAGGCUCCCUCUCGCAUUCCGAGUGCAGCAGCCCCAGCCUCAUCACGCCGCCGCAGUCGCCGCUCAAUCUGGAGACUUCCUCCUACGCCAGCAACCAAUCACAAGGCUCCAUUUCCACGUUACCUCGCAUCUCCGUCAGCCCGGUGCCAAUCGGUGAGCGCAGGAAAGACCGAUCUCUUUACCGUAACCGAUCUUUUCUAAGGAUUCCUCCGGCUGCGAGGCCGAGGUUCUCCUCUCUCAGGAGCCUCAGGCCAUACUUGGAGGAACCCCGCAACGUCAUCGUGCACAAGGGCGCCGAGCCUUUGGGUAUCUCCAUCGUGAGCGGCGAGAAUGGCGGCAUCUUUGUCUCCAAGGUGACUGGAGGCAGCAUCGCCCACCAGGCGGGACUGGAGUACGGAGACCAGUUACUGGAGUUCAAUGGCAUCAACUUGCGUAACGCGACGGAGCAGCAGGCUCGCCUCAUCAUUGGUCAGCAGUGUGACACCAUCACCAUCAUGGCGCAGUACAACCCACACAUGUACCAGCUGGGCAACCACUCUCGCUCCAGCUCUCGUCUCGAGCCAGUCAGCACUCAGUCGACUCCGCAGGGGAGCGGCGCCGCCACCCCGGACAAUCACUCCGCCAUCGACACGCUCAGCGAGCAGGACGAGGGCACCCUCACCCCGUCCUCCAAGCAGGCCACGCCCACCACCAGCCCCCGCAGCUACGUCAGAAUGCACUCUGACGGCAACAAGAAGGCGGCGGAGCCUCGACUGGUGACGGUGCACAGGCCUGGCGUGGAGGUGGGGGUCACGCUCUGUGGAGGCAACUUGCGGGGGGUCUACAUAGAAAGCCUGGAUGAGGACAGCCCCGCCAGAGGCGCUGAUGGCUUGCGUCCUGGUGACCUCAUUCUGGAGUACAACGCAGUGACUAUGAAGAAUAAGACGGCGGAGGAAGUCUAUGUUGAAAUGUUGAAGCCGGCCGAGACGGUCACGUUGAAGGUGCAGCAUCGUGCGGACGACUUCAACGUGCUCAAAGACGUUCCAGGCGAUGGCUUUUAUAUCAGAGCACUUUACGACCGUGUGGGGGAGGCCGAGGGAGACCUCACGUUCAAGAAGGAUGACAUCCUGUACGUGGAUGAGUCGUUACCAAAGGGCAGCUUCGGGACGUGGAUGGCCUGGCAGCUAGACGAGAACGCGCAGCAGAUCCAGAGGGGGCAGAUCCCCAGCAAGUACAUGAUGGACCAAGAGUUUUACCGCCGACACAGCGUGACGGAAAUGAAGGAAGACUCGGGCAAGACCCUUUCGGCGGCUGCCCGUCGCUCCUUCUUCAGGAGGAAGCAGAAACACAAGCGCAGCAGCUCCAAAGACAGCAAGGAGAUGGUGGCUCUGGACGCCAUCAGCACCGACUCCAUCCCCUUCCUGGAAGACUGUGUGAGUCUGGCCUAUCAGAGGGUCCAGAAGGUGGAGUGCACCUCUCCUAGACCCGUGCUGGUCCUGGGGCCGCUGACGGACCCCAUCAAGGAGAUGCUGGUCAAAGAGUCUCCGGGGAAGUUCUGCAGAUGCCUGCUAGAGGUGAUGAAGGCGUCCCAGCAAGCCAUCGAGCGAGGCGUCAAAGACUGCCUCUUCAUCGACUACAAGCGCCGCAGCGGCCAUUUUGACGUGACCACCGUGACUUCCAUAAAGGAAAUAACAGAGAAGGGUUGUCACUGUUUGCUGGACAUCGCGCCGCACGCCAUCGAGAGGCUGCACAGCGUUCACAUUUAUCCCAUCGUGGUCUUUGUGCGCUACAAAAACGCCAAGCAGAUCAAGGAGCAGAAAGAUCCCGUGUAUCUGCGUGACAAAGUAUCUCAGAAACAUUCCAAGGAGCAGUUUGAAAGUGCACAGAAGAUCGAGCAGGACUACAGCAAGUUCUUCACAGGAAUUGUCCAGGGCGGCUCCCUCCCUUACAUUUGCACUCAGAUCACGACUAUAGUGGAUCAAGAACAAAGUAAAGUCCUGUGGACUCCACUCGGCUGCCCCUAGUGGACCAGGGUGGCUCUCAUCUCUCUAUCUCUCUCUCUCUCUCUCUCGCACUCGCACACACACACACACACACACACACACACACACACACUACAGUAUGUCAAUGAUUGCUAUCAAUUUUUCAUGUCCGUACUGAAGAGCAAAAACGUAGCAGCAACUUCACAUCCGAGCUCAUCCAGUCUUCCCUCAAGGAAUCCAUCUUUGUGUGUGUGUGCGUGUGCGUGCGUGUGUGUGUGUGUGUAAAGCGUCAUCAGCGUGCGUCCCUUUACACUCCUUACUUUAUUCUUCAAUAUGAACUGACGUGUACCACGGGCCACAUUGGGAGGAAAUCUGAGAUUUUGAGAAUAAAGUCGUAAAUCUACAAAUAAAAACUUGUAAUAUUACGAGAAAUAGGUUGUAAUGUUGCAAGAAUAAAGUUGUAAAUUUACGAGGAAAAAAUGUGUAAUAUUACGAGAAUAAAACAAUACAUUUAGGAGAAUAAAGUUGUAAAUUUACGAGAAUAAAGCAAUACAUUUAUGAGAAUAAAGUCGUAAAUUUACGAUAAUAAAGUCGUAUUAUUACAAGAAAAUGUCGUAAUAUUAUGAGAAUAAAGUCGUACAUAUACGAGGAAAAAAUGUGUAAUAUUACGAGAAUAAAGUAGUACAUUUACAAGAAUAAAGUUGUAAUAUUACGAGAAUAAAGUAGUACAUUUACAAGAAUAAAGUUGUAAUAUUAGGAGAAUAAAGUGGUACAUUUACAUGUCAUGGUGUCAGACGUGUCAGAGAGAAAAUAGAGCAUAGCUCUUCAUUCCUCUUGCUUCAGGCAAACUUUUAUUAAAAAUGUGGCAGCAAAAAAGAGUAGUUGAGCAUUCAGCAUUUAGAUUAGCAUGGCUAGCCCUUUACGAGAAAAGUUGGAAAUGUACAACUUUAUUCCCGUAAAUUUACAACUUUACUCCCAUAAAUGUAUUACUUUUUUACUCGUAAAUGUACAACUUUUUCCUUGUAAAUUUACGACUUUUGUUUUCUCGUAAUUUACGGCUAUUUUCAAUCUCAUAGUCAGAAAUUUACAAGAAAAUAAGUUUAUUUAAGACUUUAUUCUAGUAAAUUUACAACUUUCUUCUUGUAAACUUAUGACUCUUUUUUUCUCUCAUAAAUUUACAACUUUAUUGUAAAUCUCAAAGUCGUAAAUUUACAAGAAAAAAAGUUGUAAAUUUAUGACUUUAUUCUUUAACUAAUUAACUUUAUGAGAUUGAAAGUAAAUUUACGAUAAAAAGGAGAAGCGGUAUAGAAAAUGGAUGGAUGGAUGGAAGUUGUAAAUUGUAAAUCUCAGAUUUUUUAUUUUUUUUAAUACUCCAUGGAAGACAUGCGCCCCCCCGUGAUGUACCCUAACUUUAACACUAACCACACCACUAUCAGGCCCACGCUGGUAACAAUGAAAACGCAAAACAAAUCAACUUGUUUUAUUCCAAUUUAAAAGCUGUACUAUCACCAGAAUAAAGUUGUUGUUUUCCAAGGGAAAAAAGGUUUUUACUUUGCUAGAAUAAAAUGAUGAUGCAAUAACGAGUCAAGUCCAAAUUCCCACAUAGGCAACUUAAACAUCUUUAUUUCAUCUUCAUCACGUUACAACUCUUUUUUUGUUUGUUUGUUUUUGUUUUAAUAUCUGCAAUUUUCUGAAGACAUUUUUCCAAAUUGCCAUUUUUGUCACAUGAGUUUAUUUUUGUGACAUUUUUUUCACAACUUAAAUCAUUUGAAUAUGGUGAGUUUAUGCCGAUACAUUCAUUACUCUUACAUGGCCUACAGGAGUAAAGUCAUAAUAUUAGGAGAACAUUCGCUAGAAAAAGUACAAGAAAUCAUAUUAUGAUGAGGAAAUUAUAAUUUCAAUGUAAUUCUCAUGCAAAUGUAUUCAAACAGUUACAGUUACUAGUUACAUUUCAAAAUAAUUGUCACAAAAUUAAGAAUGAUUUUACGUCUUUAUAUUUUGCUUGUAAAAUGACGUUCAUUUUCUUGUAUUUAAUGGCUUUAGUUUUAGGGAAAAACAUUUUUCUCCAUAAAGAAUAGAUCAUAUAUUGCAAGGGGAAAAAAAACAUGAAAUUUUAAAGAUUUUUAGUUGUGGUAAAAUUCUGAUUUUAUACUUAGCACUCACGAUACUGAAUGACCAUGAAAUUCUUUUUUUUCUUGUAAUUUUCUAACAAUAAACGUGGAGUAUUACAAGAAUCAUGUCAUUUUAUAAGAAAAAUGUAAAAGUAUUUUUUUAUUGUAAGUUCUAAUCAUUUAAAAAGGAUUAAAAUGAAUAUUUUUUCUCCUAAUAUUAUGGCUGUCAAAUGACAUUCUUUUUCACUUUCAUCAUAUGGGGGUCGUUCUAUAAAUACGAUGGAAAAAAAGGCAGGAUUUUCCAAGAACGACGUAAUAUCGCCAGGAAAAAAAGGUUUUUCAAGAAUUCUCAAAUUCUCAAACAGUCGUCCCUCGCUAUAUCGCGUUUUUUCAUGAAUGAAUGAAUGAAUAAAUGAUGGUUGGUGGUAAACUAUGGUCUAUUAUUAGUCCAAACAUAUGGAAAUACAAGUGAUAUGUAGUAUUGUGGCCACUAGGUGGCAGUAAUGACACAAAACAUUGAUGAGACAUUAGCUUGAGGUCAGCCAUGGCAUGUCCCACAUGAUGGAAUGGAAAAAAAAAAAAAGCACUCCUCCCGUCCCGUGUGGAAGCGGUUAAUUUGUGGCCUCCACUCUGUUUGAAACCCUUUCUUAAGUUUAGAAGAAAUAAAUGUGAGGCUAACCGGUUAGCUAGCAUCCGUCUAGAGUCCCUGUAGCACAGGGAUAGGGAACCAUUAUAAAGUUAUAAAUAAAUAUAAUAUAUCUAAAUAUUUUAAAAAGUAAGAAUGAAGUUGUCAAUUUAUGACAAAAACGUUGUAAUAUUAUGAGAGGAAAGUCAUAAUUUUAUGAGAAUAAAGUUGUAAAAUUACAAGAAAAAACUCGUAGUAUUACAAGAAUAACGCCGUAAAUUUACGAGAAUAAAAGUAUAAAUUUACAAGAAUAAAGUUGUAAGUUUACAAAACAAACUUGUAAUAUUCUGAGAAUAAAGUCGGAAUAUUACGUUGUAGUUCGACUUCGUAUCACGGCCACAUUGAGGGGAAAAAUACAUAAAUUUGAGGUUUCAAGAAUAAAGUUGUAAAUUUAUGAGAAUACAGUUCGUACAUUUACCAGAAAAAACUCACUAACAUUACAAGAAUAAAGUCGUAAAUGUACAAAAAACCCUUGUAAUAUUACCAUGAUAAAAUUGUAAAUGUAGGCGAUAAAGCGGUGACUUGAUGUUGCAGGCAUUGCCUGAGACAGCUACGAAAAGGGGGGACUUAUGUGACCUUUGGCCUUGGGCAUGUGGAGGGGGCGGGGUACGGAAGGCUGACGUACGAGUGAGGGGCUAGCCAUGCUAAUCUGUUUGUGCUAACGAUGACAUGUGACCUUACGACUUUUUUUCUCGUAAAUUUACACAUUUUUCCCCCCCUCAAUGUGAUCCUAGUGCUCAUCCGCACUCUUAGCUCAAAAAGUACCCAACCUCGCUGUAGCCUAAUAGCUGUGCAAUGUGGCGUAAACAAAGAAUAACAGGAGUGUAAAGGUGAACAUAGGGGUGUUAUUUCAUGUCUACAAGGCUCUAGAAUGUUAAAAGUUGUAUUUAGAAAGCCAGAAACAGGUUUUCUCUUCCAUGUGUUAACCGUGAAUCCUAUCCAGUUCAUCGCCAUAAAGGAGGGACGACUGUACCAAAAUCAUUUGCAUUCAAUUAGGAGUUUUGGCCAAGCAUGCUGGCAAAAUGUUCAUCUUCUUCUUCUCAUCAUUUACAGCUUCUUCAUGGUAAUAUUGCAACUUUAUUUUUGGAAUUGGGUGACUUUAUCCUAGGCGUUUUUGUCGUGGGCCUAGCCCCCCCAGGACACGACCCCCUCCCCACUGGUGGUGUUUGCUUAACGAGACGUGGAAAGACUUCUCCGCUGAAAUCCAUCCUAUUGUACACUCUAUACAUGUUCAUAAAAAUAAUCUAUGUAGCUGCGGUCCCACUGCCAGACCGUGCCAAGCAAGCACGACCGCAACCCCCCACACCCCCCACGCCCUCACGCCGGCUCUAUGCAUUGUGUUCCUCAGCCUCGUUACGUAGCAGGAAGUGCGAGUGCGCUUUUAUGGGCCUUUUGGAAGUGCCUUCGGUAGAAGAUGCCUGGUCCGGAAGCGGCUUCGGAGCUGAUCUGAGACCAGGGCGGUGGCGGCCGCGGCGAGCGAGCGCGUGGCAAAGUUUCAUUUCUUGUUUUUCCAAGGUUGGACGGGUUGAAUGCACUCCAGGGCGAGACAGACCACUGUGGAACUACAAUCCUUCUAUCUCUUUAACAUGUAUUUAACAAUAUACAGUAUGCACAUAUAGAUAUAAGAAUACUACAUACUUGUAUGUGUGUGUGUGUGUGUGUGUGUAUAUAUAUAUAUAUAUAUAUAUAUAUAUAUAUAUAUAUAUGUGUAUGUAUUUUCACUAGGUCACACGCCUAGGAAGAUCUGACAGUCAAGUUAGCAUGUUUUUUUUAAUUUGAAUUGUCAUAUUUUUGUGGUUGCUGGUGAGUCAGGCGAUGUUGCCAUGAAAAGAAGACACGACCGAGCAGCACUCGCAGGGUAAAACCGUAACUCGUCAUCAUGUUUAAUGAUCAUGUUUAGUGACUUUCACUGUUAUUUAAAUGUUUUUUUUAUUACUGUUAUAAUAAUAAUUAUGACGACCACACGGGAAGACACAAAUAUUCCAAGCCUUCCUGCAUUGUGUUUUCUUUGGUGCCAAAAUCCACUCACUUUUUCCCCUUCUUAUUGUGUGUGUUUUUUUGUUGUUGUUCUGUUUUGCACUUGUUGAGCUGUGAACCUUAAACACGUGACUGUUGCCAGGUUUCCAGUAGACACCAACACUCGGUACGUACUCGCGUUUCUACCGUUUCACGUCUCACGUCAGUUUCCUUACAUUUCAUUCUCAAGGGCCUUUUUUAUUCUCACAAACUUCUAGGAAUUAUUCAACAACAACAAAGAAAAGGGAUCUAUUCUUGCACAGUUUUUCAGAGGAAAUGCGGUCCACCGGUUUGACUAUUGGGCUAAAAGUAAUAAGAAAUUGUAACGUUGCUAUUUUUGUGUGUAGCUAGCAUGUUGUAGGGAAGAUGCGGGAUGGGAUGCUUGUACUUGUAGAUGAUGCCGGGUACCGAUUCAACGUCUCUUUCUAUUCAAAAGAAUGUGAUUUGUAUGUCCGGACAUUAACAUGACAAUAAAAGUUGUUUUUUUGUGUGUAUCACAAAAUCAAGACUCCCAAGUUGCACUAUUUCUCACUCCUUAUGUCAACGUGUAGGUGGUAAACAUGCUUACAAUGUCUUUUUUAAAUGAACUAGUACAACCUUUUACAUUUGGAUUUUUAUUUUAUUCCAUUAAAAAAUGAUUGUAAAAUGUCAAACAGUAAGAAAAAAUAUUUAAUUAUGAAAAAAUAAAAUAUUUACAAUAUAUUGUAAAAAAAAAUAAAAUAAAUCUGAGGUUUCGAGAAUAAAAUUGUAAAUUUAGAAGAAAAAUAAAUAUUAGGAGUUUAAAACAAAUCUGUCUUAAUGGGUUGCUUUCCCAACUUUCUAACAUCAAAAAUCUUCACUGUGUGCACAGUUACAGUAUUAGGCAAGUCACUGUUUUCACCAUACUGUCAUUGUUCUGCAUAUUUUCCAAUCCCAAACUGAAUAAAAUGGAAUACCUAUUGACUAUUGGCUUUAAGCAUGCCAGGUGAUGUGCAUGUGUUUACUGAGGGAGGGUGUGGCCUUUAUUGGGGAAACUGCCAAGAUAUCAGCACAAGACCACAGAACCAUUCAAUGUUUUGUUGCAAGUGCACAAAAUGGCGAGAGAAAAACACGCAAAUGAACUGCCAAAUAUUGGCAAGAAAUCAAAGGUGAAGCUCCCAGGAAGCCAUUAUCCUCCAGUGCCGUCAUAUUCCAGAGCUGUUAUCUAGCUGGGGUGUCCAGAAGUACGGUACUCUGUGUGCACAUUUUCCGAUUUUUCUAAAGUUUUAUGGCCUGAUGAGAUGAGAGUGGCUCUUGAU